AGUGUAUUAUUUUGAAAGUCCAGGCCGGAACCUCACCUAUAUCAUGUUCUAACCUGACUCAGGUCGAUGCUCGGGUGGUGCUGAGGACAUCCUGAUGGCUGAAUGAUGGAGUCCGUGCUGCCAUUCCCGUCGGUUUAAGACACCCCGCUCAGGAACACCACCUUUAUUCAACUCCAUCAGCUCACUCCCGCCCAGCAUCAUGUUGGCCAGGAAGGGCCUCCUGCCGGACGGCUUCCUGCUGACCCGGCUGGCGGAGGACCAGAACCAGCCAAACCGCAGCCGUUCGAGGUCUCAGAGAGCCCGCUUCAUCACCAAGACCGGAUCCUGUAACGUGGCUCACAAGAACAUCAGGGAACAGGGUCGCUUCCUGCAGGACGUUUUCACCACCAUGGUGGACCUGAAGUGGCAGCACUCCCUCCUCAUCUUCACCUCUGCCUUCCUCUGCUCCUGGAUGCUCUUCGCUAUGAUCUGGUGGCUCCUCGCCUUCGCUCACGGAGACCUGGAGCCCCGCGACCCCAACGGCGACCCGGGCCCAGUCCCCUGCGUCACAGCCAUCCACUCCUUCACCUCUGCCUUCCUCUUCUCCAUUGAAGUCCAGGUGACCAUCGGUUUUGGUGGCAGGAUGGUGACGGAGGAGUGUCCGCUGGCCAUCACCGUGUUGAUCAUUCAGAACAUUUUGGGGCUGAUCAUCAACGCCGUGAUGCUCGGCUGCGUGUUCAUGAAGACGGCGCAGGCCAACCGGCGAGCAGAAACACUCAUCUUCUCCAAAAACGCCGUCAUCGCUCCUCGAAAUGGCCGCCCCACUUUCAUGUUCAGAGUGGGAGAUCUGAGGAAGAGCAUGAUCAUCUCAGCCACCGUCCAGCUGCAGGUGAUCCGGCGGACGGUGACGUCAGAAGGCGAGGUGAUCCCCGUGUGCCAGCUGGACAUCCAGGUGGAGAACCCCCUCAGGAGUAACGGCAUCUUCCUGGUGUCUCCCCUGAUCAUCAGCCACACCAUGGAGCGAGGGAGUCCUCUCUACGAGCUGUCCGCCCAGUCACUGGCCUCCGAGGACCUGGAGAUCAUCGUCAUCCUGGAAGAGGGAGUGUUCACCCGGGGCGCCAAACAGGCUAGGACCGCCACUGACAGCAAGCUGCCCAUACCUGAGGCCUUGGAAAGUGCCAAGCGGGGCCAAUAUGAGGACAGCACCACCAAGGCUGGAGACAGAGCAAUACUGCAAGAGCGUACGGGAGAAGGACGCAACCAUAACAGCAAUACUCAGUGGCUACUGGAUCUAAGAGCAGACCACAGCAACCUCCCCACCCAGAAUGGCUUACUGAACGGCGGACAGUCCAGAUCCUCAGGGACCCCCAGAAGGAACCAGUCCCAUCCAACUACUGGCCAGUAA